AUGUUGCCAGGUGGUGUUAUUCUAGUUUUCAUUUUGGUCGGUCUAGCCGCAUGCGCUAUUGUCGCUGUUAUCAUCUACAGAAAGUGGCAAGAAAGACAAAGAUCUUUGCAAAGAUUCUAA